UGAUGAUCUGAGAUGGGACCACCAGCUGGUCCCAGGCCAAUGGUGGAACCUCACCUUCCCCUCCUCUCCUCUCCCCAGCCCCACCCCCGGCACCUGACAUGAGCCCUUGCGGGCCCCUCAACCUAAGCCUGGCGGGCGAGGUGACCACGUGUACAGCACCCAGGGCCUCCAACACCUCCGCCGGACCGCUGUCGGACCUGGCGGGCGCGUCACCCGCGCUGCCCAUCUUCUCCAUGACGCUGGGCGCCGUGUCCAACGUGCUGGCGCUGGCGCUGCUGGCGCAGGCCGCGAGCCGUCUGCGGCGCCGCCGCUCGGCAGCCACCUUCCUGCUGUUCGUCGCCAGCCUCCUGGCCACCGACCUGGCGGGCCACGUGAUCCCGGGUGCGCUGGUGCUGCGCCUGUACGCGGCGGGGCGCUCGCCGGCCGGCGGCGCCUGCCACUUCCUGGGCGGAUGCAUGGUCUUUUUCGGCCUGUGCCCGCUGUUACUGGGCUGCGGCAUGGCCGUGGAGCGCUGCGUGGGCGUCACGCGGCCGCUGCUGCACGCAGCCGGCGUCUCUGUGGCCCGCGCGCGGUUGACUUUGGCCGCGCUGGCCGCCGUGGCCUUGGCCGUGGCGCUGCUGCCAUUGGCGCGCGUGGGCCGCUACGAGCUGCAGUACCCGGGUACGUGGUGCUUCAUCGGUCUGGGCCCGGCGGGAGGCUGGCGCCAGUCGUUGCUCGCCGGCCUUUUCGCCGGCCUCGGCUUGGCCUCGCUGCUCGCCGCGCUCGUGUGCAACACGCUCAGCGGCCUUGCCCUGCUGCGCGCCCGCUGGUGCCGCCGCUCUCGACAGCACUUCCCGUCUGGAGGCCCCGACAGCCGCCGUCACUGGGGAGGGCACGGACCCCGCCCGGCCUCCGCCUCGUCCGCCUCGUCCGCCUCGUCCGUCGCUUCGGCCUCCGCCGCCCCCGGCGGCUCCCUGGGCCGUGGCUCAGCGCGGCGAGCCCGUGCCCACGAUGUGGAGAUGGUGGGCCAGCUCAUAGGCAUCAUGGUGGUGUCGUGCAUCUGCUGGAGCCCCCUGCUGGUGUUGGUGGUGCUGGCUAUCGCGGGCUGGGGCCCCAGCUCCCUGCAGCAGCCGCUGUUUUUGGCCGUGCGCCUCGCCUCGUGGAACCAGAUUCUGGACCCCUGGGUGUAUAUCUUGCUGCGCCGGGCUGUGCUUCGCCAACUGCUUCUCCUCCUGCCUUCAAGGGCAAGUGCCAAGGGCAGCCCCAGGGGGCUGGGCCUAAUGAGGAGCGCUUGGGAGGCCAACUCGCUGCGCAGCUCCCGGCACAGUGGCCUCAGUCACUUCUAG